CGGGAGGGAGGAAACUUGGUGUCUCCAGGAGAAACGGGCAGGGCGGGCAGUCUGAGGCCAUCGGGGUUUUAUUUAAAACGAGAUUGACGGCGAGAAGAAUCCGCCCUGAGCCCGGUCCCUUCCCAGUUGCACCAGUAGGUACCGCCGCUGGGAGAGCGGGCAGAGCCGGGCGGGGGGCUAUGCCCGGUCCCCGCCGCCCCGGCAGCGCUGGGGAGGCGGUUGCCCGGUGGCCCCGCGUCCGCUUGCGGUAAAGGACCUCUAUGCUUAUUCACAACCGAUUUCGAGGGGAUUCAACGAAAUUCGCAGCUCCGAAGCUCACCUCGGGCUCAGAGUAGCCGCCUCUGCGCUGGGCUUUGGGGCAGGUUUCGAUGCUUUUCCUUUUCUUUCUUAUUUUUUAUUAUUAUUAUCAUUAUUAUUAUUUUCAACGCCCGGCAAAACUUUCCCUGCUCGGGAGGGACUGGUAGAUCGGCUAAUUGCUUGCGUAGGCGAGCGGAAAGCAGCAACCCCUCGACAUCCACCUACCCCACACCCUCCUCCCGCUAAUCACCCCAUUACGAGCCCCAUCAGCGGGAUAAUGACAGCAAAAGAGGGCGGAAACCGCCCGGAAAGCGUGAGGAUCCGGGCGGCAAUUAAUUCCCGUUAAUCAAGCAGCAAGGUGUCGCCGCCGGGGAAUGACAUCCCCCAAAACGCCUCGCGGCCAAUGGGCGCGUUCACACGGUGGGGGGGAGGGUGCAGGCGUCCCCGAGCUGGAGUGGCACAAGUUCAUUUUUUCCCCCAUUUCCCCCCCGGUUCCCCCUCCCCCGCGGAGGACGCUGCGCUCCCGCCGCUGUCCGAGGUGCUGAAGGCGCCACUGACUCCGGAGUGACUCCGGUUCCUCCCCCCGUCGCUGUCCGAGGUGCUGUCGGGGAAGGGGGGGGCACGGCGGCGGCCCUACGGCUGGCCACCCCCUCCGCCCUCCCCUCGCCCUUCCCCAUUGAUUUCUGGAUCAUUAAGUGGUUAAGGCGCUGCGAAGCUUCACUAUCGAUCGCUGCCUCCCCACCUCCGGCUGGGAGACCCCGGGCUGCCCCCCAGCCCCGCGUCGCCGCGGCUCCGGGCAAGGGUGGGGUGGCCGGCUGGGCGCGAUGCUGAAGACGGAGCAGCCCUGGAUCUAAUGCGCAGCGCCUCGGAGAGCCUUGCAGCAAUUUUUGCCCGGAUCCCAGACUGAACUUUGCUCUUUUUUUUUUUUUUUAAUAUUACCUUUUUUUUUUUUUCCUGUUAUUGCUAAUUAUCAUUAUCAACCCGCUUCCGCCGCGCCCUCCCCGCCAAUGCCCGUGUGAGCGCCGGCACCUCGCGGGGGCCAUGGAGGGCUCCACCGGGUUUGGGAUCGACUCCAUCCUCUCCCACCGAGCCGGCAGCCCGGCCGUGCCCAAGGGGGACCCGCUGGUGGGCGACGGCCGGUCCCCGCUGGAGCUGAGCCCCCGCUCGGAGGGCAGCAGCGGGUGCCCCUCGCCCCGCUCGCCGGGCCGCGAGUGCCUGGAAGCGGCGGUGCCGCGGCCGGGCCUGGAUGCGCAUCUCCAGCCGGGACAGGUCUCGGCUCCCUCCCAGUCCCGGACCGUCACCUCCUCCUUCCUCAUCAGAGACAUCCUGGCUGACUGCAAACCCUUGGCCGCCUGCGCUCCUUAUUCCAGCACCAAUGGACCUCACGGCGGGCAGGAGCCGGCGGGCAGGAUCCCCACCAAACCUGGAGAGGACUUUAGGGAGAAAAUGGAAAAAAACACCAGCAGCUCCUCCUCGGACUCGGAAUACAAAGUGAAAGAAGAAGGGGACAGGGAGAUCUCCAGCUCCCGGGACAGCCCCCCGGUGAGGCUGAAAAAGCCGCGCAAAGCCCGCACCGCCUUCACCGACCAUCAGCUGGCCCAGCUGGAGCGCAGCUUCGAGAGGCAAAAAUACCUGAGCGUGCAGGACAGGAUGGAGCUGGCGGCCUCGCUCAACCUCACCGACACGCAGGUGAAAACGUGGUACCAGAACAGAAGGACCAAGUGGAAAAGGCAGACGGCGGUGGGCCUGGAGCUGCUGGCCGAGGCCGGCAACUACUCAGCCCUCCAGAGGAUGUUCCCCUCGCCCUACUUCUACCCUCAGAGUUUGGUCUCCAACCUGGACCCCGGCGCCGCUCUCUACUUGUACCGCGGACCCAGCGCGCCGCCCCCCGCCCUCCAGAGACCCUUGGUGCCCCGCAUCCUCAUCCACGGACUGCAGGGCGGCAGCGAGCCCCCGCCGCCCCUGCCCCCGCUGCCCGGCGUCCUGCCCCGGGCCGCGCAGCCCCGGUGAGCCCCGGUGAGCCCGGACAGCCCUACCGGCAUCCCCCGUCCCGGCCUGGGGGGUCGGAGGGGACCACCCCAAUUCCGGAGCCGCGAGCAAGCGACAGACUCACGUUCAUCCCCAAAUAUAUAUACAUAUAUGAGAACUUCCCCCCUCGUUUUUUAAUACAUAUAUAUAUAUAUAUAAAGAAUGCAAGAAGCGAGGGUUUGGCAGGACGGAGAACCGGCAGAGCUGCCCACCCCCCGGCCGCGGGGCACUCGCCGCCUUACCCCCUUGUGCCCCCGAAGGGCAACGGAGCCGCUGCGGUUCUCCCCGGCCUGGGACGGUGCCGGGAGCACGGGCAGGGCCGGCUGCACCGGGGGGGUUUUGCCUCUCCGCCCCUUCCCCAGGAACUGCCGCGGGGACAGAGCCACCCCUGCUACGAACGGCUCCGGGGAGCCCCUUCUCCGGCACCCCGACCCCAGGGCACCGGCCCCACCGCCGAGAAGAGUCAUGGGGGGCCCGGGCCGCCGGCCCCCUCCCGCCACUCUGGGAGACUUUGGGACGUCCGUAACUAAAACCAAACCAAACCGAACCACAAAAAGCGGCGAAAUGUAAAUACGGUGCGCAAAAUGUAUAUGAAUUAUUUAUUUGUGAACCCUGAGGGCGUAUUUGUGUAAGUGAUUCUUGUCAGUCUGUAUCCCGGGGCCGGCCCGGCCAGGGAGAGCGGAGGGGGGUUCGGGGCACCGCUCCCGCUCCCCCCUUUUUUAAAUGUGGAAAUAAAACUUCUUUACAAACAAA